GUGAGCAUUUCCCUGACACACGAGUCCCCGUCUUCGUCCUGACUCCCGCCUCAUGUCAUCUCCCCCGCCCAAUGGCCCUGUCGGGCGCAGGGUAGGGAGGAUGAACACUCUCUUCUCACCUCACACACCCUCGAAGACCCAAGACACGAACGACCCCUUUCUCGCGCACUUCAAGGAGUUCGUUCGCGCACUGUCCCUCGAAGAAGACACUGCGGGUUGUCAACAUGACCCAAGGAAGCAACUUCAAUACUUAACCGAUGAUGACAACGUUGCACGGAUUUACACAAGGUGUACACGGUGUGGACCCCCUAACAAGGCGAAAUUUCGCUAUCUCAGUGGCCGUGUGGGCCCCCGUGAGCGCGACCUCAUCCGUCGCAUGAGCCGCAUCACCACCGACCUUCGCAAGGCGGAGAAAGCUUCAGAGGCUCUGCAGAACAGGCAGAGUCGAGCUUUGGCCCGGGGUAAGCCUGACUCAAAGAUCGACCAGGAUUUGGAGCGUGCAGCAGACGUCGUACGUGCACUUCAAGCCGAGAGGACAGGCUUAGACGAGGAAAGUCGCGUGUUCCGUCAACAACGGGAGGAAAAAUCACUCGAGGGCCCUCCGAAACCGGAUGGACAAGUGCGCAGGCUGCCGCACCACACUCUCUCCCCAUCCGCUGCGGCCACUAGGCAACCCACACGCGACACCGGUGUCAACAAUCUCUCUCAUGCUCCGCCACUGCCUUCUGCCUCUCACCAGUUACAUCCACCCCGGGCCCCUGCGCCGACUCGGACGCACGAUGUCGGACAGACGGAGGUCUUGGGCGAUGCUGACAGCAAUUCGGAUGGUUCAGAAUCCUACUGGAAGGCCACGGACGACCGAUUGCCUUCGCUUCUAUCCAGCAUGUCGCCCGACAACCGUCCGAUCCCCAUCCCACCAUCUUCGCCUGUCAGUCUGGUGUCUUCGUCACCAUCUCGGACUGUCGCCCGUCUUGGUCGUCUCCCUCGCGCGAUAGCUGCGCACAAUGCACCUGUGGCGACGCAGACCUCGUCUUCGCCGACAACUUCUCAGAAGCCUCGUGGCAUCAAACGCGGUCAUACUCAGUCGGACGACUCGGACGUGAUCGACCUCACCCUGGAUUCUGACAGCGAUGCGGACGAGCAACGCGCCUCGUCACAUGUGGCCUCACGACGCCGUCUGGGGAGUCGACCGUCACCACCGCCACAGCCUGAGCGACAACAUUCAUUGCACAAAGCACCCCUUCCAAAUGAAUCGGAUAUCUUGUGGGUCUGGCAAUACACGGAGAAUGGAGAGCUCCCUGAGGGCGUUGUGUUCGACAAAACAGACCGGGACUCCUUCACAUCGAUCUGCACUAACUGGGGCCUCAAACUUACUGAUCCUAUUGCAGUAUGGAUGAGCCCGGAACAUGCCUGGAGAUUCAUGCACGUGGAGAAUCUCGCCGACAUUCCCUUCUGCAUGCGCGAAGACGAUUUCAUCAUAUGGGUGAAGUGGGGACUGCGGGAUCUUCCCAUGCUCGACGUCGUCGCGAAUGAUAUGAAACUCGUUGCUCCCAAGUGGCCGGACGCCGAAAGCAUAUGGCAAGCCCGAACUGAGUCAAUCGAAGAGUACGACAAACAGUGGCGCUCGUGAAGAGCUCGCCACCGUGACUAUCUGAGGAACAUAGACAGCGCGAUUGUUAGAUAUUGUGCAACUGUACAUUUAUGAUCUGUAUUCAGUAUCAAUCCAUUCCACCAGUUUCAUAU